CGUCCAGCUGAAUACGUACUAGCAGAUAAAAACAAAUGGCGUAAACAAUGCAUUUUUCUACCGCGUUUUGAGUUGUAAUAAUUUGAUCGAAUUUGAACAAUUUGCUGUAAAUUGCAUCGCAAAUAAUAAGGCUCUACAAUGUGCGAAGUGUGUGUCUUAGAAAGUUUACUGUUUAAAGUGAGUUUUCAGUGACGAUUUGUGAAAUUUGUCGACAGAAGUGCAUUCAACCUGACGUGUGUACUCAGAAAUUGUUCUGAUAGAGGAGGGGUGAUUUUUUGCGAAUUUUCAGAGGAUGCUUUCAACGGGAGGAAUUCUGCAUUCCUGUGUGACAUAGGUUAUGUCAUAGAAGAAGUUCAAUGUACUCGUUCCAUUUAUUGAUUUGGUUCUAUUAAAAAUGUGUUCAUGGUACUUUUAAACCACGUUUUAGAAUCCAACAAUGCUAGAAAUGAAAACGUGUUUUGGUCACCUACUGCAAAUGUGCUAAACAGUGAUAGUGAAGUGCAAUGAAUAUAGCUUGUUUUAGCUGAUAACGGUUUAAGUUCGUUGAUGGUUCCCCAGGGGAAAUCAGUAAGGAGCCGUCAUCGUUGGAGGAUAAUGUGCGUAGCGGCAUGCAACCCCUUCUCCCGAGCCGCUAGUUUUCGCACUAAUUAAACGGGACCUGAGAAUUUGCGUGAUUCGGAACAGUUAGUUCUGCCCAGUGUGUAUGUAUAUUACAUGGUUUACACGUGUCGUAUUGGGUAGUAUUUGCUGCCGUAAACAGUGUUCAUCGGUUAAUUAAAUGCUGCCACUAGAAUAGCGUAGGCUAGGAUUGAAGACAACGGAGGAAUUGAUGUGUUAUUGUAAUGCUGUUCGUAUGAGCUGGAGAAAUUUUGAAUAAAGUGUUAAUGAUUCCACGAUGAGAUUAUUAGGGACGUGGGCUCGGUGAUAGUGAGUUAGAUGGUGUAAAUUUGAGUAAUGAACGUAAUGUACGUGGUGGAAUAUAGAAGCGAUGUGGGCUGGCUGUGAGAGAGUAGGUAGUGCUACCAAGGUCGAUGGUGCCAGUCAUAGCCAACAAGAAACUUUGGCCGACAUUGAGCAUAUUUCGACGAUCGCCGGGUCAUUGGGUAGCAUCGGUACGAUUUCACAGUGUGGUGAUGGCGAACCCGUGUAUGAGACGGAUCACACUGAUCUUAAUUCCGAGUAUGAUGAGGCGGAGAUGCGCAAGGAGCUCAUGAAGGAUAAAUGGCGACAACUUUUCGAUGUGUUUGACCCGGAAGGCUUCGGGGAGAUUCCGGUGGAUGAAUUUAUCCUUGCUCUCAAAUCGCCAGAAUUCAUUUCCAGCGUGCCGCCCAAUAAGCGCGAUAUUCUUUAUGAUCGGGCCCUCAAAGUCAAGUCCUCAAAAUCAGACUCUAUAUCGUUCCAGGAUUUCGUGAAUGUGAUGAGCGGCAAGCGGUCGCGUAGUUUCAAGUGUGCAGUACAUCAUCGCGAUCGUGAAGUUUGUUCGGAGAACGAUUUUCAUCUGAUAUUUGAAGAUCCACCAUUAUUCAAGAGAAUGGUGCACGUAAUUGCAAUGGAAGUGCUCCCCGAAGAGCGGGAUCGAAAAUAUUAUGCAGACAAUUAUUCAUGCUGUCCGCCUCCAUUAUUUGUGAUAUUAGUUACAUUAGUUGAGCUGGGAUUUUUCACCUACCACACGUUGACCUCGGGACAGGCGGAUCCGGCCGGACCGGUUCCAAUUGACUCGAUGUUCAUCUACCGACCAGAUAAACGGCACGAAGUCUGGCGGUUCCUAUUCUACAUGGUUCUACAUGCCGGAUGGUUUCAUCUCGGUUUCAACUUAGUCGUUCAACUCCUAGUUGGAUUACCAUUGGAGAUGGUACAUGGAUCAACUAGGAUCGGUUGUGUCUAUCUGGCAGGCGUGCUUGCUGGAUCACUAGGUACGAGUGUGUUCGAUCCCGAAGUUUACCUAGUCGGUGCUAGCGGAGGAGUUUAUGCCCUACUAGCUGCUCAUCUAGCGAACGUAAUGCUGAACUACCGAAAUAUGCAGUACGGCGUUAUUCGAUUGUUGGCGAUAUUCCUGUUCGCAUCCUGCGACGUAGGUUUCGCGAUCUACUCUCGGUACUCAGUGGAACCGGAAAGCGGUGCUCCUUCCGUAUCGUACGUGGCCCACCUGACGGGAGCUUUGGCCGGCCUAACGAUCGGGCUGCUGGUGCUGAAGAACUUCGAGCAGAAACUGCACGAACAGCUGCUCUGGUGGGUGGCGCUCGGAGUGUACGCAGCGUGUACAAUCUUCGCCGUUGUGUUCAACCUGGUCAACACCGUCACCGUGCAGAGGCUAGAGGAGGAGGGCGAACAGGUACUGAAGCAGCAUCUUUUCAACAAUUUUGGAUUUUAGAAAACCGCCAUCCACACACACACGCAACCGCACUUGUGGAGGUUUUUGGAAAGAAUACACACUCGAAUGUACUCGAAGGCGUUCUAAACGCACCCCUGAUUGAAACUUUCUUCGUCUAGUUUGGGGUCGAGCGGAAGAGUAUAAAAUUCAGAAGCGAACGAAACGUGUAGUCUUCGGUACCGUAUAGAGACUAGUGAAAUGUCGAGGCUGUGCAUGCGGAAUUGAACUAUUGAAGGGCCUCGGAAAAAGUUGUGAUUUGUGUAUAGACUUAUUUUCUAUUUACGUGUAUGUUUACAAUUAGCAUCAUCGAUCACUUGUUCGGGACUAGCAUCUUGAAUCGAAACAGCAAUGAAUGAAAGCAAGCUCAGUGACCUCGACAGUCUGAUCCUUCGCACAGCAGCAGGCUACGAUCGAUCGGAUUAGCUUAGUGUGAUGUUUUGUAAAGAUUACAAGCGGAAUGAAUGCGAACGUUUGGCACGACAAUCGAACUAGCUGCGUACGUAGCAUGAAACCAUGAACUCCAAACAAAUACGUAACAUUUCAGUGAAUUCGAUAGAGAAAAAGUGCAUUACUUAUCGUUCAAGUUAUUUGAACUGAUUACUCCUUCGCACGGGCAGCCAUUUUGAUAUGGCGAAACGAACCGUGAGACGUUCCAUUUCGAUCCAAGAUACCAAAGACUGUAAAUGACAUUUAAACAAAUCACCUGAAACCACGAUGAUAAUAGUUAGCAAAUAUCGUAAAUCGAAGGAGCCGAUGAUCUCCUAAUCAAGUCCAGUAAAACUUGUAAAUAUGUGAAUUUUUAUAGCAAUAUAAUUAAUCCGAGUCCAAUCCAAAACCACAUUUUCGAAUUAUUCAGUGAAUUUGGAAAGCAAAUAAGCAAAUUUAUUCUGUACAUUUACUCACUAACCUCAAUGCAAAUAGGUAUAUACUGCCGAUCCAAACAAGAAAAAAAAAAGAAUUUUCGUUACACUCUGAAUUGGGAAAAGUAAUUUAAAAACACGCAUUAAUGUUGCAUUAUUACUGCAAAAGAAAGAAAUCAAUAAUUCUAGUCAAAUUUCUAUGAACCUACUAUUAUAAUUAUUAUUCAUUUAACCUAAGUAAAUCCGACUUUCUAGAGAGAAUAGAACAAAAAGUAUUGUAGAGACAAAAAUACACUCAACUUAUUCAAGUCAUUAAUCACAAAGAACUAAGCGAUUAUUUAUUAUUAUUUUUGUCUAACAAUGCAAUCGAGAUAUAGCCGUCAAACAGUGAAAUACGUCCUCCGUGAUGGAAUGUGACACGGACCCACCGCGCCGCAUCCCAUCCCUUCUCUCACUCUCCCGUUCUCUCUGUUCCGUUUGCAAAGAGACAAACUGUUAUGAAUCGAUUCUGUUAAGCACAAUCCUAAUUGUUUUUUGUGUCUUUAUAUUAUUAUCAUUAUUUUUGUUUUAUUAGGAAAAGCCAAAGAAGAUUUAUUUAUUUUUAUACCGUAAAUUAUUUCGGAAGCAGAGCAGUUCUCGCCCAGCACCUGUUAUGAAAUUGUCUUUCCCUAGGAAAUGUUUGCGUUUGAGACGAGAUCGAUUCCGACAAAAAUCGAAUAUGCCUUACCAAAUAGAAGUGAACCAAAUAAAUAAAAAUGGAACUCCACUCUCCCAAAUAAUCAGGUAAUCCGUUCUUGAAAGUACAAAUGAUGCAAAUCAAAGUGCUUUUUCCAGAUUUUAAGCACCACUGCCAGUAAAUUUGAUAUCACUUUUUCAACAAACGUAAGUAUACAAUAUCAGGCAAAAGCAGAAAACGCAUUCAUUUUCUCACGUGAAUAGAUUAUGGCGUCCCCUUUGGGAAAAAAAUGUAUUAUUAUCUCACACGAAAAAAUACCGAAAAAAACUCUAAUAGGAUGUAUUUAUAAUAAAUUAUUGUAUGCGAAAAAAGUAUAUGCAAGAGCAAAAACUGGCAAAAAUUGCCACGAAAAACUUUAAUAAAAAAUACGAAAAUUAA